AUGGCGUUCUUUUCUAGGCCACAAUCUACAGCGGUUAGAAUCGCGAGACCCAAUUCGGAGGAAGAGACCCCAACGAAACAACCAAGCCCACGCAAAGAUUCUGUACAAAGGCAAUGCCGAAACAUAGUUAUUCACGGGUCUUGCAAGUUUCAGGAUAAAGGCUGCAUAUAUUACCACCCACCGGUAUGUCUACCCACCUCCCCGGCACCACGCAUCGAAACCCCUAGCGUAGCUGCUCUCACACCACAGGCCGUAAACGCACCCGUAUUCGUCCCAAACUCUCCUCUUGCUAUUUCUGAGGACUACCUUAACAACGGAAACGGGAAUGGUCAUGGCCAUGACACUCAUCUAGAAGGGUAUCAAGACACUCAGAUUGAUUCUAAUCAACAAUCUGAGUAUGACAAUUAUGAUUACUCUGUGGAUCAAACGGCAAAUGCAAUGCAGGGCAUGGAUUUUUCCGAUGGAGCUUACUAUGAUGACGGACAGAGGGAAUUCCACGCACCUAAUCCAUAUUCAGAUAAUAUGAUGGAGACGUCAUAUUACACUACUGGUCCUGUCUUUUUACGCCAACCUCUCAACUAUCUUCUAUACACGCCCUCCAUGCCCAAAGAACUUAUCAGAGAUUCAACGAACAACCUAUUUGUCCCGCCUUCUACUGAUUUACGACAAAUUCUUCAAGAACGCAGCGAAACUAUACGACAAGUCGCUCCUAUGGGUCUGAAUCUCCCAGAAGAAUUGCAGGGCUACCAUACACUCGUCCCAUUGGAACCGGUACUCCCUAAUCUUGAGCGCAAGAAGUUUGGAAAUUGGCUCUCAAUGGUGUACAGAGCUAUUCGGACAUCUGAUGGGAUCCCACAUGCGUUGCGUAGGAUUGAGAAUUUUCGUCUUACUCACCAGGCUGCAUUUGCACCGAUCGAGAAGUGGUCAAAUAUCCAACACCCAAGCAUCGUCCCUGUGCGCGAGGCGUUCACGACGAGGUCUUUCAACGAUAACUCUCUCGUUGUGUCAUAUGCAUAUUACCCGAAUGCGAAAACUCUUUACGACGCACAUAUGAAGCCGAAGCCACCACCUACAUAUCAGCAGACUGUCUAUUACGGUCGUCAUCAACAACUUCAUCAGCUCCAACAAGCCCAGCAGACUAUACCAGAGCGCACGUUGUGGUCAUAUAUCAUUCAACUAGCAUCUGCCAUCAAGAAAGUGCAUUCGUCGGAUCUUGCUGUAAGGAUGAUAGAUGUGACAAAGGUUUUGGUAACUGGACAAAAUCGCGUCAGGAUCAGUUCCUGUGGUAUUUUUGACGUUCUCGCGUACGGUACUCCACAACAAGAUGUGGCUAUUUACCAACAAGAAGAUUUGAACAAGCUAGGGCGGUUAAUCUUUGCGCUUUGCACGAACAACCUGGCUGCUUCCAGUCAAGCAAACCUUCAAAAGAGCAUGGAGACGAUGAAAAAGUUCUACAGUGUGGAGCUUCAGACCGUCGCUUUGUCCUUAAUUGGUAAGGCGCCAAAGACUAUCGACAAAUUGCUUGAAAUGAUUCGAGGGGCCACUGAUCGAUUGGAACACGAACUUCUUGGCGAGCUGGAGAACGCGCGUCUGUUCAGAUUGAUGUGCAAGUUUGGAUUUAUCAACGAAAGACCCGAGUUCGCUCGUGAUGCUCGUUGGUCAGAGACGGGAGAUCGAUACAUCAUCAAGCUGUUCCGCGAUUAUGUGUUCCAUCAAGUAGAUGAGCAUGGCAAUCCGGUGUUGGACCUUUCGCAUGUGUUGACAUGUCUGAACAAGCUUGACGCUGGCACUGAUGAGCAAAUCAUGCUUGUUGCGCGUGAUGAGCAAAGCUGCCUUGUCGUUAGCUACAAGGAGAUCAAGUCAUGUGUUGCCAGCGCAUUUGAUGACCUGGUACGCGCAACGACCACGGGCCAGAGUGGUAAGGAGGUUAAAGUUAUUUGA